ACCCACCAUCAACUUUAGAAUAAAGCAGUUUAGACUAACAAUUUUUGAACCGUUCCAAGACUUCAAAUCUUACUUGGACAUGGUCUCAGAUUGCAUGGAACAACUUGUUCCCAAAGUCCAGAGCAGUUACGUCCACCAAAUAAUGGAAUUGGGUUGUUACAAGAUCGCUUUUGAACCAUCUCGCCCAAUCCACAGGUAGUGGAACACGUUUCGCUGAUCCAAUCAGAAAAUCCUCCAUGAACUGGAAAAAGUCUCUUUUGAAUGAUUUUGAAUGAAAAUAUUUGUUGUUAUAGGUUUACCUGGACAUGGUCCGUAGUUACAAUGAGCGGUUUUGUUCCAUGAACCUUCGCAAUCUUUGCCGCCAAAUUUAGGUUCAGGAUUGGAACAAGUUCUCUCUUGAAGCAUGGUGCCUGAUCCACAUGUCUGAGAGCAUGUGCCAUUUGUCCAACUGGAGAAGCCACCAUCAAUUGGAACAUCUUUCACAUGACACAAUGCCUCAAGGAACUUGACAAAUCUUCAACUUUUCGGAUAUGAAGAGCCCGCUUGGAGGUGAAUGCGAAAUGCGGAGAGCAUCCAAUAAGAGUCCCAGUGGUCCAAAAUACCUUCAUUCAUUGAAGAGAAGAUCCAAAUUGUGUGUCAAAGGCACAUUUUGUUGAGUUGUCCAAAAAAAUGUACUAAAGCAAAUGCUGAUUAUUUGAAGAGCACAGUCAACAUUUUUGAGAGGCACGUGGACCAUCAGCUACCAUGGGAAAACAAGUCUUCUUUUUGUUCGCUAUCUUGGCUUUUGUAGCAGCCAACGAUACCGGAUGCAAGAACAAUUAUAAUUUGGGAUCGUAUGGCAAAUGUGUGCCUCUGGGUUGUUGUGAAGCCAAUGCUCAAGAUUCAGAUGAGAGUCUUUGUGAAGGAGGUGGAUCAACCGAAACUUGUUGCUUCAGAGAUAACGUGUGCGGAGCUAACAAUUGCUUAAAUGUGGUGGGUACCUGGGUGAGCCGAUACAAUUACCAUGGAUCUUAUGGGGAAAUUGACCAAGGAUUUAGUAAACUGGCUGCCAAGGGUGUGAAUCGUGUUUACUUCAACAUUUGGGCUGAUGGUAAUUUGUACGCCCAGAGUAACACGGCCUCUUCCAAUGGGGUAAUCAUGCAAGAUGAUCGAUUGGACAUGGCUGUUUCCAUCGCUAAGAGCUAUGGUAUGGAAGUAUAUGCUUGGUUUGAAUACGGAACUCAAGCUUCUUACGGCCAGUUAAACGGGUUCUCCAGUAGCGCUGCUCAAAAGGGAUGGCUUCUAUGUGGAGACGCUGGCUGCUCCGACUAUUUUGCUGGAGGCAACUAUGCCUAUUUGAACCUCAUCAAUCCAGAGGUUGUGAGUUUUUUGGCUGGCAUUUCUGCUGAUUUGGCCAAGAACUACCCUCAAUUGGACGGAAUUCAGUUUGAUGACCAUUUUGCUCUUCCCAACGAAUUUUAUCAGGUUGGAGGCUUGUCCCAGUCGCAGAAGUUUGGGUACACUCGUGAUGCCAUGGUGGCCAUUCGGGACGCUGUUAAGGGAGCCCGCGGAAGUGCUCAAGUUUCCUAUGCACCCUCUACUUUGGACUUCUCCAUCAAUAACCACAAUGUGGACUGGUCUCAAUACCUUAUUGAUGGUGUUGUUCAGGAGUUGGCACCCCAAUACUACUUCACCUCAUACAGUUCGUUCAAGUCCACUUUGGACAAAGAUCUCUCAAGAGUUCCGCGUCAUCAAAACGGCCUUGUUGCUGGUAUUAGGUUGUCUGGAAGCGGUGCUGAUACUCCAAUCAGCGAUGUGGAUCAAAUGUUGUCCUACUCCACUCAGAAGAACCUUCGGGGCGUUUCUUUUUGGUUCGCUGAUGAUGUCAUCAGUGACUCGAGUUAUGACCCACCCUCGAUCACAUCUUGCUAACAAAAUGACAGAGCAAUAAAUACCCUUUGCAAACCUAA